AGCAAUCCGAACCAACGUCGUCUCCUUUGUCUUUAGGGAACUUUCCUUCACAUUCGUCUUGGGAACUAUCAUUAAUAUCAUCUCGAAUGGAGUGUUCAUCUUCUUCAUCCGAAGAAACGACACAUGUUUUCCAAAUACCUGUUUCUUUGAUAAAAAAUAGCUUUUCGUGCGUACGAUAUGUUCUUAGCGUAACAAACUCUUGACAAUGUCCACAGUACUUUCUUUUUUCACUCAUGGGAUCAAAUAUUGAUUCGAAGCUUAAAAUAUAUCGAUAUCGAAUAAAGCUAAUACCCGUCCGCCCGCAAGCAUAAUGAUAAUCAAAAUUUGAGAUUUAAUGUUCAUAUGACUUUCACGUGUCAUUCACGUCGCAACUCCCUGACCGACCAAAGUUCAUGAUUUGGGAGCAAGGAUAUCGGAUUUGAAAUUUUGGCGCUAACUUGCCAUGAAUUAUUCAACGACACACGUACAUUGUGUAAAGUACAUUGAAUUUUACGCGAUUUAUUUACAUCGAAAACGUAUUUUGUGCUAUGGGGCGACUACCACCAAACCGGCGGAAUCGCGUACAUUUGUAUGGAAAGAAACUUGCGGAGAAAAGUAAUAAGAACACAGCGUCUAGUUCAUCGAGAUCAGCGAGGACAUCAUGUUCGCCUAGCCCUACAACGACAGACUCGAAUAUUUCGGAGGAAAAUGUCAGUCAGGACACAAGGCGCUUUUCUGACAUGAUCCCAAACGCACCAACAACUCCUCAGAUACCUAUGCCUCCCGAAGACAACUCCAUAAGUCCUGAUCUUGGACUUGAAACGACAACGAUUCCAACGACGGUAUCCAGCGUUCGCAACACCGUGCGCAUAGAAAGUACUCCAAGUUUGAGUAGUUCUGGCAAUAGUUUUACAAGGCGAAAUCUAUUGCCAGAAAUUGAUGAAGAGCUGCUAGGAACGACAACGGGCUCUUCAAGGUCAAGGGAAGAUGAGAUUUUAAGACAAAUGAGGAUAUUUAUGGAACAGCAAAGCACCUUCAACCAGAGACUGUUGAAGUCAAUUGAGGAAAAAGGCUCGGAAGGGGGAUUAAAACCUGAAAAAAGAAGAACAAGAUUGCCCUUAGAAUUAACGGCUUGUGUUCGUGAUGUUGUAAGAAACAUUGCUGAUGAUGAUGGAAAUUCACUAUCCUGGGAUUUAUCUAAAAGUUUUGGAGCAGUAGAAAAUCAAAAUGUUAACCGUCUAAUCAUGGCCUCAAUUAAAAGUGUCAAUGAUGCACCAAGUCAAGUUAUUAGAGCGGCAAUGCAUUGUUAUUUCAAAACAAGAAAACGUGCCGAGAAGACCAAGGAGCAAAACCUGAGUGAUCAGUAUCUCAAAAAGCAAAGAAAUAGAAGUAGAAUCAAUACAGUAAGUGUGAAAUAUCAAUUUCAGUCUACAAGUUCUCCCUUAUGA